AAGCAUUAGGAGCUGUCAUUGAAGCUGUUCCACGCACAUCAAGCCUUUUCUUUACUAAUCACUUGCUUAGCCUUGUAUACGACAUCCAUGAAGAUGAAGAAGUUUGUGCACCACUUCAACCACCAAAUGAAACUAACCAGCUUCAUCAUUAUAAUCGAGCAUUUACCAUUGAUCCUCCUUUAUCUAAAGAUUUAGAUGACGCAGUCAGUUUGACACCUCUUCCUGAAGAUGAUAGUUAUGAGCUGGCAGUUCUUAUCGCUAAUGUUGCCAAAAAUAUAGAUGAAAAUCAUCCUUUAGACAAGAAAGCUAAACAGAGGGGGACAUCUGUAUAUGGUGCUAAACAGAGAGGUGCAUCAAAUGACAUUCAACGAGUGCAUCACAUGUUUCCAUCCAGUAUCACAUCUCAAAUGAGCCUUGACCGUUUGAAAAAGCGACAUGUUUUAUGCUUACCUGCUACAGUAGUCAUAAAAGAAGGAGUGGUAACUAGUGUAGUGUCUGGCAAUCCAAAGGAAGCAAUGGUCACUUCUCAAGUACGAUUCACUUAUGAAACUGCUAAAAAGGUAAUGCAUGAUGAACAGCUAGUUGAUGAUGAUGAGACAAGAAUGCAAGUUGAAGCAUUCGAUGAUGCCAGUGGACCAAAGUCACGAAUGAUUGAUACUCUUAAUCUACUGUAUAAGAUAGCUAUGUACCUACGCAUUAAGAGGUUAGGUGAUGCUGGUUACUGUUAUGGCCAAUCUGAGGAAGGUGAAGAGAGUAACUGCUGGCAGACUCAUCUUCUUAUACAAGAAUUAAUGAUAUUCUGUAAUGCAUCAAUAGCUGAAUAUCUUCAUGAGAGACUUUCGCAACAAACUGCACUCUUACGAGCUCAAAUGCCACCUUUAGAAGAAGAAAAUCAUAAUUUUAUUAAUCAAAAUCAAAACUGCCUGUCUCAUUCCCUGUCUCUUAAGUGUUAUUUAAAAGAUUCAUCUGGUGAAGCAGGUUCUUUUAUUAUGUCAGGGACGACACUUGAGCUACUUAAUAAUGUAUGUUCUAAAGAAGAUCACGAUCAUAUUCAAUUAGCUUCAAUUCUUAGCAAUAAUAAGCUUUAUCCACAACUGGCAAUGGCCGAGACUAUGUCACAAUUGAUCAGCAGGAAAGCCAGUUAUGUCAUGAUUGAAAACAGCAAAGAACAUAUUUGUGCUAAUCAUUCUCAUAAUAGCCUUGCACUACCAGCAUAUACACAUUUUACAUCGCCUAUAAGGAGAUACUUUGAUUUGGUUGUGCAAAGAUUAGUAACAUCACUCAUUGAAGGAAAGCCUAUAGCUGAGAAUUCUGAGCUUGCAAAGUUGUGCUCUAAACUUAAUGUCAGGAACAAAAUUGCUAAAGAUUUUGAAAAGGCUGAUAAUAAAGCAUGUAUAGCCAGAAGCUGUGAAAUCUCACUAGAGAGAGCAGAGGCUUUUGUGAUCAAAUCUUCUAAUAAAAGCAAUGACUCAUUUGAAUUAUCUUUCACUUCAAGUCAUUAUGAGUGCAUUCAUGGUCGAGUCACAUCAUUUAGUGAAUCAGAUCUUAAUUUACAUCACAAAAUUGAAGAUGGAGCUACUAAAUCUAUUGUAUGGAAAAUUGUGUCAAUAUCAUUACGUCAAUCCUUUAACCUCUUCUCUCAUCCUGAUGUAAUUGACAUGCCUCCUGCUACUCUCAAAGCUCCUCGUUGCUCCAUUGCUGCUAAAAUGUAUCAUUACACACAAGGGCUUGAAGAAGGAGAACCACAGAUUCAUUAUUCUAAUGCUAAGUUUGCUGUUCGUGAUAAAGAUAUUACUUUUAGUUCAGAACGCUGGCUUGUAACACACCGGUAUCUGAAGUGUCAAAAUGAAGACAAUUUUAAAGAAGUAAAAAGUUUAAUUCUUCAAUUGCAACAAGAAGCCAAUAAAGACAAACCCCAGUCAAGAAGAGAUGAAGAGAGUGUUGCAAUAACGUAUGAAAUUCAACGACCUUUUAUAGCUAAUGAUACAGUCACAGUUUGGCUAGGAAAGUCUCUUAAAGAGUGUCUCCCUGUACCAGCUAUUCAAUUAAUGGAGAUAGCACCAACAGUUCGUGUGUGCCUUCAACAUAACAAGAAUCCUUCUCUCUGCUUCUCUGAUGUACAGCUACAGAAAGCAUCACGUGACACAGCGUAUCAUUCAAUAGAACAGUAUGUAGAGCUUUGGAGUAAAGUGUUAAUUGCUGAGUCUGCUAAUGAAAGUGUCAAAACAAAGAAUCUCAUAUUCAUCAGACAUGCUCUUCUGAAGUGGAACAAAUUUACUCGAGUUGAUAACUGUGUUGAUGAUCCUUACUAUUUACCAAAUGACGUUUCCCUUGUCAUACCUCCUAAGAAUCAAGACUCAUUGGAUUUCAUUAGUAUCAAAUCUGGUGACUUCCUUUGUGUUCGAUAUGAGAUUAGUGAUAGUCUCAAUGCUGUCUAUCACUUUGUUGUGACUAUAGUGAAACGAAAUGAAAAUAAGAAAACAAAUAAAAAGAAUGAUGAAGACGUUAUAAUAAAAUUGAAACCUCAAGGUGAUUAUUCAUGUAGAGUCACAGAGAAUAUGCAUCAAGAAUUGGAAAAAGGAAAUCAAACUUGUGAGAUACAGCUGAUACCAAUGCCAGAUUCCUUUCACCGAGUGUAUGGAAGAUUACAUGAAGCAUCAACUGAGUGGUCGAACCGAGCUACAAUUAUAGCAAUUUCUGAUACAAGAUCAAAAGAAUUUAAUACAACUGCACAGCAUUUUGAAAUUUCCUUAAAAGUAUUCAAGGAUGAUCCACUCGCAAAGCAACUAUGGAAAGGAGAGUCUGGUAUUGAAUUGAAUGCUGCACAAAAAGAUUCAAUUAAAAGAGCACUAAGGAAUAAUUUUCAGCUGAUUCAAGGACCACCAGGUACAGGAAAGAGUGAGACUGGGGCACAUUUGGCUUAUAUUUUCUCAAUAACAAAUAAAAAAAUAUCUGAAAAAGAUCCAGUGUCUUGUAAGAAAAAGUCAGUACUGUAUUGUGGUCCCUCUAACAAAUCAGUAGAUGUUGUUCAUAAAAACUUGCAUUUAUUAAACAGAAGGUUGGGUAGCAAAAAAUUAAAAAUUCUUCGUAUCUUUGGACGUACUCAUGAGCGUAAGGAUUACCCAGAUCCUGUUUUUGAUCUGACACAAGAAAGAACAGACAGAAAUGAUGAUGAUAAUGAUGGUCGUGUCUUAGAAGUGUUUCGUGAUGAGUCUCUACACAAAAGAAUAAGACACAAUUGCCCUGAAAUAGUAACUACUGAGAAGAGACUACAAGAACUAUUGGAUCGUGGUAUCAUCCCAUCAUUAGCUGAAAGAAAAAAUUAUAAGAAAUUGAUCACUGUUGAAGAGAUGGAAGAAAUUCAGAAUCAUUAUGAUGUUAUUCUUUGCACUUGUAAUGAAACAUGCAGUCGACGAUUGUUGAAUUCCAAAGACAUACUAGCUCAGUGUAUAAUAGAUGAGUCUGGUAUGGCCACUGAGCCUGAGACAAUAGCUGCAAGCAGUUUAUGUGAACAUGUAGUGCUGAUAGGAGAUCACAAGCAGCUACAACCAGUCAUAAAAUAUCCUCCAGCCAAAGAGUGUGGCCUGGGUACUUCAUUGUUUGAGAGAUAUGCUAAUCAGUUUGAGAAAACUAAAAAUCCACACUUGAUAACACUGAAACUACAAUAUAGGAUGCAUUCAUUUAUAUGCCAAGGACCAUCUAGCAUAUUUUAUGAUGAUAAAUUAAAAGCUGAUCAAAGUGUUCAAAGACGACAUCCACUAACUCCUUCUCUACAUUCAUUUUGGUCUAGGGGACAGGAAUACCCUGUUCUGUUUUUGAAAGUUUAUGGAAUAGAACAAUUUACUGAUUUUACUGAUAGCAAAUAUUCAAGAAAAAUCGAUCCUCAUUCUAAAGACAACAAACGAGAAGCUGAAGCAGUGUUAAAGUGUAUUAAGAAGUUAGUGAAAGAACAUGACGUUAAAUAUGAGAGCAUAGCAGUCCUCACACCUUAUAGUGCACAAAAAAAUCUUGUUGCUGACAUGAUAAAGAAAGACCCCGAGCUAAAAACAAAGAAAAGUUUUAAAGUCGCUACUAUAGUUGAAAGUCAAGGUGAUGAGUACGAUAUUGUCAUACUAACAACUGUCAGAUCACAAAAACUCAGUGAAAUAAGUCAUAAGAAGUACAUUCAACCUGACAGAAGAUGGCUAACAGAAAAUCUCGGUUUUCUAACUGAUGAUCAUCAAAUCAAUGUUGGUAUCACACGUGCUAGAUAUGGGCUUAUAAUCAUUGGCAAUGAUAAAUUACUGAGAUAUGACAUGACAUGGGAUAAGCUGAUUAAAUUUUAUGAAGAUAAAGGAUGUGUCCGUGAUUAUAAACAAUUGUAAUAAUAAGCUACAUAGUUAUAAAUUUAGAGUAGACUUAUAGCAUUUUUGGUGGCUGGUAUUCACCAUGCAUUCUAUGUACAUUUUGUGAUGUUUGUCUGUAUGAGACUGUUUGUUAAAUGAAAAUUUUAUGAGGCUAGUCUAUACUGGA